AUGGCGACAUCCCAAUACGUCACCUUUGACACAUCCGUCGGCUCGUUCACCGUGGAGCUGUACACCCAGCAGGCUCCCAAGACGUGCAACAACUUUGCCAAGUUGGCAGAGCGCGGUUACUACAACGGCGUUAUUUUCCACCGUAUCAUCCCAGGGUUCAUGGUCCAGGGCGGUGAUCCUACCGGUACGGGCCGCGGCGGUACUUCCAUCUACGGCGAGCGCUUUGCAGACGAAAUCUCCCCCGAGCUCCGUUUCGUUGGCGCAGGUAUCCUGGCCAUGGCCAACUCGGGACCCAACACGAACGGCUCCCAAUUCUUUGUCACUUGCGCCCCCACCCCCUUCCUCGACGGCAAGCACACGAUCUUUGGCCGCAUCUCGUCGGGCAUGCAGACCGUGCAGAGGCUAGAGGCCGUGAGGACGGACGCCAACGACCGGCCUCUUGAGGACAUUAAGAUCCACAAGGCGCGCCUCGGCGACGCGGCGAGCAAGGCGCUCACCCAGUAG